UACGCAGCGGCAGCAACGGUACCAUUGAUCAAAUCACCUUCUCUUUGGCUUCCCAAACCUGUCGAACUUCCAAACGACAUACAUCCCCUUCCAGAAGAUAUAACAGCCUAUUUCGUCUACCCAUUCACAUUGGAAGAACAUGUCCUCGGUCUACGUCCAUCACCACACGAAGCUAUAGCCCAGAGAAGAGCUAGGAACGCUUCCAUACUUCAUCAACGUGAACAAGAGGAAGAACAGAAAGAACGAGAGGCUUUACAUAGAGUAGCACCGGGUUAUAACCCCAGUGCGGUAUUGGUACCUACUUCCGCUUCCACAUCA